AUGCUUUUUCGAUCCCUGAAUGAUGCAAGGUACUCAUACACAUUUUGCACUUCAGUGUACUCUGGAAAACCAACGGGAGAACCCACACGACACUACAUCACUGGACCAGAGGAAGUUGUAAAGUACUUGGUGACCGAAAUGGAACAGCAUGGGCAGCUACGAGGUCGCAAUCUGACGAUUGAUAGAUUGUACACGUCGCUUCCCCUCACUCAGUGGCUUUUUGACAGGGGUAUCACUGUGAUGGGCACCAUUCAGAACAACAGGAAAGGCAUCCCAGCGGAGAUGAAAAGCACUCAAGGGCGGGAUGAGCACUCAUACAAAGUUGCCUGGCAGAAAGAAAACAAGAACAUAACUCUUCACUCCUAUGUUGUGAACACUAAAUCCUCUGGCACAAAGAACGUCCUCCUCAUCACAACAAUGAAGCCAAUCCUGGGGGUGACAAAAGAUGAUGGAAAGCAGAAGCCGGCAGCGUUGAAGCUGUACGACUACACUAAAGGUGGAACUGAUAUUGUCGAUCAGCGUGCCAUGAAUUAUACCUGCAAGCCGAAGUCGAACCGCUGGACCAUUGUUGCCAUUUCCUUCCUACUCGACACCUGCAGGGUAAACGCGUCAACAAUCCUAGCCCUCAACCAACGAAAUGACCCGAGAAAGGUGGACUCGUUUGACUUUGGUUUUACGCUGGCCGAAGAGCUGACGAGGCCAUUCAUCCAGCAGCGAUCACUGAAUGGACUGCCUACCUCUGUCACGCAAAAAAUCCACAGAGUGCUGGGAAUGCCAGAGCAGCAACCACCACAGCCAGAUCUGAUGGGAGUCCAUCGUUGA